AUGGCCAAAGUAAACACAGCUAAUAAGGUCCUACGUUUGAUCAAGAGAACUUGUGGUACUUGUACCCAACCCCAUGUACUGCUCAAACUAUACUUUCAUUUAGUCAGACCGCACGUUGAAUUUGCCUCCCAGCAGGUCUGGUCGCCACACCAGCAGUUUUCGAUUGACUUAAUUGAGAGAGUUCAGCGAAGAGCCACUAAAAUGAUCAUAGAGGACAGGCAUUGUCGAGAGAGACUUCAGGAACUGAAUCUUCUUUCCUUGGCCUCAAGGAGGCUCUUUAUGGACUUAGUUUUCCUUUUUAAAUUCCUGAUGGGCCUAUAUGAUUUGGAUCUGUCUUGUUAUCUUGUGUCUGCAGACAGUUCCACAUGUAAAUAUAACCUCAGACAUACUAAUUACCAGUUUAAAAUUAGAUAUGCAAGAACUAAUGUUUUAAAAUUUUCUUACUUCUUUAGAAUAGUAAAGUCAUGGAACUCUCUGCAUGCCUCUACAUUUAAGAAAAACUGA